AUGGGCCUGACAGCGGAUUUCGAUGACCGUCAUAUUGAACGCGAAGCCGAGAAAGAUCAGUACAAGCCAUUUGAGUAUCAGACUCAGGACAAUGGCUCGUGGGCUGGUGCUCUGCCCGUGAAGCAAGGUCUGUACGACCCUUCGUUGGAGAAGGAUGCCUGUGGUGUCGGCUUUGCUUGCCAUAUGAAGGGCAAACCUAGCCACAAAAUUGUCAGCGAUGCACGCAACCUGCUGUGCAACAUGACGCAUCGCGGUGCCGUGGGAUCCGAUGCACGAGACGGCGAUGGCGCCGGCGUCAUGACUUCGAUCCCCCACCGCUUCUUCAUCAAGAACUUUGAAAAGGAGGUGGACAUCAAGCUCCCUCCCGCCGGCCAGUAUGCCGUGGGUAACCUCUUCUUCAAGCCCGACGAGGAGACGUUUGCCGAGUCCAAGAAGCAGCUGGAAGAUGUUGCCGAGUCCUUGGGCCUGCGCGUCCUGGGAUGGAGGCGGCCCCCUGUCGACUCCACCCUCCUCGGUCCUGCCGCCAAGUCGCGCGAGCCCAUCAUCGCCCAGCCCUUUGUCGUCCUGGCCGAGGCUUACGGCACCGGCCUGACGCCCGACGAGACGGAUCCUGACAAGUUUGACGAGCGCUACUUUGAGCGUCAGCUCUUCAUCCUGCGUAAGCGUGCCACCCACACCAUUGGGCUGUCCAACUGGUUCUACAUCUGCUCCCUCUCCUCCAAGAACAUUGUCUACAAGGGCCAGCUGGCCCCCGUCCAGGUCUACUCGUACUUUCACGACCUCGUCAACGCCGACUACGAGGCCCACUUUGCCCUCGUCCACUCUCGCUUCUCCACAAACACCUUCCCUUCGUGGGACCGUGCCCAGCCUCUGCGCUGGGCCGCCCACAACGGCGAGAUCAACACGCUGCGUGGGAACAAGAACUGGAUGCGCGCCCGCGAGGGUGUCAUGCACUCCGACGUUUUCAAGGACGAGCUCGAGAUGCUCUACCCCGUCGUCGAGGACGGCGGCUCCGACUCGGCCGCCUUCGACAACGUGCUCGAGCUGCUGACCAUCAACGGCGUACUCUCCCUGCCCGAGGCCGUCAUGCUCAUGGUCCCCGAGGCCUGGCAAGGCAACGAGAACAUGGACCCCAAGAAGGCUGCGUUCUACGAGUGGGCUGCCUGCCAGAUGGAACCUUGGGAUGGCCCCGCCCUCUUCACCUUCGCCGACGGCCGCUUCUGCGGUGCCAACCUGGACCGCAACGGCCUCCGCCCCUGCCGCUUCUACGUCAUGGACGACGACCGCAUCAUCUGUGCUUCCGAGGUCGGCACCAUCCCCGUCGAGCCCGAGAGCGUCAUCCAGAAGGGCCGCCUGCAGCCCGGCCGCAUGCUGCUCGUCGACACCCAGGCCGGCCGCCUGAUUGACGACAAGGAGCUCAAGGAGGCCGUCUGCAGCCGCCAGGAUUUCCGCACCUGGCUGGACCGCGAGCUCAUCACCCUGCCUAAGGUCCUCGACACCAUGUCGUCGCGCAUGGGCGCCGAGAUCCAGGCCGAGCCCGACGCCACCCUGCUACAGAAGGACCCCCUCCUGCUGGCCUUUGGCUACUCGUACGAGCAGGUCAGCCUGCUGCUCGCUCCCAUGGCUGCCGACGAGAAGGAGGCGCUCGGCUCCAUGGGAAACGAUGGACCCCUGGCCUGCCUGGCGGACGCGCCCCGUCUGCUCUACGACUAUUUCCGCGAGCUCUUCGCCCAGGUCACCAACCCCCCCAUCGACCCCAUCCGCGAGUCCAUCGUCAUGGCCCUCGACUGCUACGUCGGACCCCAGGGCAACCUGCUCGAGAUGGAUGCCUCGCAGUGCGGCCGUCUCCUGCUGCCCAGCCCCAUCCUGUCCAUCCCCGAGUUCAACAGCGUCAAGAAUAUGUCGGCUAUCCACCCCGAAUGGACCGUCAAGACCAUCGACCUGACCUUCCCCAAGAAGUUGGGCGUCGAGGGCUACAUGCAGCACCUCGAUCACAUCUGCCGCGAGGCAGACGCCGCCAUCGAGGCCCGCGAUCGCAUCAUCGUCCUCUCGGACCGCAGCACCUCGGCGGACCGCGUCGCCGUCUCUGCCAUCCUGGCCUCGGGCAUGGUUCACCACCACCUCGUCGCCAACAAGUGGCGCUCCAUGGCCGCCCUCGUCGUCGAGACGGCCGAGGCCCGUGAGGUGCACCACAUGUGCGUGCUCCUCGGGUACGGCGCCGACGCCAUCAACCCCUACCUCGCCAUGGAGUGUAUCCUCAAGCUCAACCGUGAGGGUCUCAUCAAGAAGAAGCUCGACGACGACGCCCUGAUCCGCAACUAUAAGCACUCGUGCGACGGCGGCAUCCUCAAGGUCAUGAGCAAGAUGGGCAUCUCCACCCUGGCCUCGUACAAGGGCGCGCAGAUCUUCGAGGCCCUCGGUCUCGACGACAGCGUCGUCGACCGCUGCUUCCGCGGCACCGCCUCCCGCAUCAGGGGUAUGACGUUUGAGCUCAUCGCCCAGGAUGCCUUCCGCUUCCACGAGCGCGGCUUCCCCAGCCGCGAGACGGUGCGCAUCGAGGCCCUCCCCGAGUCGGGCGAGUACCACUGGCGCGACGGCGGCGAGGCCCACGUCAACGACCCGCGGUCUAUCGCCAACAUCCAGGACGCCGUGCGGACCAAGAACGACAAGUCGUACGAGGCCUACUCCCGGUCCGAGUAUGAGCAGAUCAAGAACUGCACGCUUCGCGGCCUGCUCGACUUCAAGUUUGAGGACCGCGAGCCCAUCCCCAUCGACCAGGUGGAGCCGUGGACGGAGAUUGUGCGGCGCUUCUGCACGGGCGCCAUGUCGUACGGGUCCAUCUCGAUGGAGUCGCACUCGACCCUGGCCGUGGCCAUGAACCGCCUGGGCGGAAAGUCCAACACGGGCGAGGGCGGCGAGGACCCGGAGCGGUCGGAGCGCAUGUCAAACGGCGACACGAUGCGCUCCGCCAUCAAGCAGGUGGCCUCGGGCCGCUUCGGCGUCACGGCUGCCUACCUGGCCGACUCGGACGAGCUGCAGAUCAAGAUGGCCCAGGGCGCCAAGCCCGGCGAGGGCGGCGAGCUCCCCGGCCACAAGGUCUCCCGGUCCAUCGCCCGCACCCGCCACUCCACGCCGGGCGUGGGUCUCAUCUCUCCGCCCCCCCACCACGACAUCUACUCCAUCGAGGACCUCAAGCAGCUCAUCUACGACCUCAAGUGCUCCAGCCCCCGCUCCCGCGUCUCCGUCAAGCUCGUCUCCGAGGUCGGCGUCGGGAUCGUCGCCUCGGGCGUUGCCAAGGCCAAGGCCGACCACAUCCUCGUCUCGGGCCACGACGGCGGCACCGGCGCCUCCCGAUGGACGGGCAUCAAGUACGCUGGCCUGCCUUGGGAGCUGGGCCUGGCCGAGACCCACCAGACGCUCGUGCUCAACGACCUGCGCGGCCGCGUCGUCGUCCAGACCGACGGUCAGCUCAAGACGGGUAGGGAUGUCGCCCUCGCCUGCCUGCUCGGUGCUGAGGAAUGGGGCUUCGCUACAGCUCCGCUCAUUGCCAUGGGCUGCAUCAUGAUGCGAAAGUGUCACUUGAAUACGUGCCCUGUCGGUAUCGCUACGCAGGAUCCAGAGCUGCGCAAGAAGUUUGAAGGUACCCCGGAGCACGUCAUCAACUUCUUCUACUACGUGGCUAACGAGCUCCGCGCCAUCAUGGCCCGCCUCGGCUUCCGUACCAUCAACGAGAUGGUGGGCCACGUCGAGGUGCUCAAGGUCCGAGACGACCUGCGCACUCCCAAGACGCAGAACAUUGACCUGUCCCUGCUCCUGACGCCCGCCCACAAGCUGCGCCCCGGAGUGGCCACCUUCAACGUCCGCAAGCAGGACCACAAGCUCUACGUCCGCCUGGAUAACAAGCUGAUCUCGGAGUCGGAGCUGACCCUGGACAAGGGUCUGCCCUCGCGCAUCGAGUGUGACAUUGUCAAUACGGACCGUGCCAUGGGCACUUCGCUCUCCUACCAGAUCGCGAAGCGCUACGGCGAGGCCGGGCUACCGCUCGACACGGUCCACGUCAACAUAAAGGGUUCGGCCGGACAGUCGUUCGGCGCCUUCCUGUCCUCGGGCGUCACCCUAGAGCUCGAGGGUGACGCCAACGACUACGUCGGCAAGGGUCUCUCGGGCGGCCGCCUCAUAGUCUACCCCCCGCGCUCGGCCAUCUUCAAGGCCGAGGAGAACGUCAUCGUCGGCAACGUCUGCCUGUACGGUGCCACGGCGGGUACGUGCUUCUUCCGCGGCAUGGCAGCCGAGCGCUUCGCCGUCCGCAACUCGGGCGCCACGGCCGUCGUCGAGGGCGUCGGAGACCACGGCUGCGAGUACAUGACGGGCGGUCGCGUCGUCAUCCUCGGCAACACGGGCCGCAACUUUGCCGCGGGGAUGUCGGGCGGUAUCGCCUACAUCCUCGACGUCAGGGCCGACUUCCUCUCCAAGCUCAACACCGAGAUGGUCGAGGCGGGCCCGCUCGAGGACCCGGCCGAGAUUGCGUUUGUGCGCAGCCUCGUCGAGGACCACCAUCACUACACGGGCUCGGAGCUCGCGGCCCGCAUCCUGGUCGACUUCACCCGCGCCCUGCCCCGCUUCGUCAAAGUCCUCCCGGUCGAUUACAAGCGCGUGAUGGAGGAAGAGGCCGCCAAGGCGGCCGAGGCCAAGCGCGCCCAGUACAACCUGCCCCUCAUCUCGGGCGUCACCCACAGGCGGGAGGAGAAGAAGCCGGCGGCCAAGCUCCAGGACCUCGAGGAGGCCGUCGGCGACAGUGCGGCCGAGAAGAAGCGUGCGCUCGUCCUGGACAAGACGCGCGGCUUCAAGAUGUAUGCGCGCCGCUCCGAGAAGUACCGGCAGGCAUCUACGCGCACCAAGGACUGGGCCGAGCUCAGCUCGCGCCUCAACGAGGACGAGCUCAAGUACCAGUCGGCGCGCUGCAUGGACUGCGGCGUCCCCUUCUGCCAGUCGGAGACGGGCUGCCCCAUCUCCAACAUCAUCCCCAAGUGGAACGAGCUGGUGUUCCAGAACCAGUGGAAGGACGCGCUCGACCGGCUGCUGAUGACGAACAACUUCCCCGAGUUCACGGGGCGCGUCUGCCCGGCUCCCUGCGAGGGCGCGUGCGUGCUGGGCAUCAACGAGGACCCGGUGGGCAUCAAGUCGAUCGAGUGCGCCAUCAUCGACCGCGGCUUCGAGAUGGGCUGGAUGGUGCCCAAGCCGCCCAAGGUGCGCACGGGCAAGAGGGUGGCCGUCAUCGGGUCGGGCCCGGCGGGCCUGGCGUGCGCGGACCAGCUCAACCGGGCGGGUCACAGCGUCACGGUGUACGAGCGCGCGGACCGGCCGGGCGGGCUGCUCAUGUACGGCAUCCCCAACAUGAAGCUGGACAAGCGCAUCGUCAAGCGGCGCACGGACUUUAUGGCGUCCGAGGGCGUCGAGUUCCGGACGGGUGUGGCCGUCGGCGGGGAGGGGCAGCCGACGCUGUCGUCGCUGCGGGCGUCGAACGACGCCGUCGUCAUCGCGACGGGCUCGACGGUGGCGCGCGACCUGCCGAUCAAGGGCCGCGACCUGGAGGGCAUCCACUUCGCCAUGGAGUUCCUGCACCGCAACACAAAGUCGCUGCUGGACUCUGAGCUGGCGGACGGGUCGUACAUCUCGGCCAAGGACAAGGACGUGGUGGUCAUCGGCGGCGGCGACACGGGCAACGACUGCAUCGGCACGUCUGUGCGCCACGGCGCCAGGUCGGUGACGAACUUUGAGCUCCUGCCCCAGCCGCCGGCCGAGCGCGCCAGCGACAACCCCUGGCCGCAGUGGCCGCGCGUGUACCGCGUCGACUACGGGCACACGGAGGUGCGGCAGCACACGGGCAAGGACCCGCGCGAGUACUGCAUCAUGUCGGAGGAGUUUGUCGACGACGGCACCGGAAAGGUCAAGGGCAUCAGCACGAUCCGCGUCGAGUGGACGCGGUCCUCGUCGGGAGGGUGGGACAUGAAGAAGGUUGACGGGUCGCAGGAGUUCUUCCCGGCUGACCUGGUCUUUCUGUCCAUGGGCUUCCUGGGACCGGAGAGUCGCGUGCUGGGUGAUGAGAUCGAGAAGGAUGCUCGCAAGAAUAUCAAGACGGCGCCUGGCAAGUACGCCACCAAUCUUGACGGCGUGUUUGCGGCUGGCGACGCUCGUCGUGGGCAGUCCCUGAUCGUCUGGGGCAUCAACGAAGGCCGCAUGGCUGCUCGUGAGGUCGACUUCUUCCUAGAGAGCAACAGCAGUCUACCUGUCACGGGUGGUAUCAUCAAGCAAUCCGCUCAAGAAGUUCUGCACAAUAUCGCUGUGCAGGCAUGA